AACACACACAUACGUGCAUGCGUCCACGCACACACCACUCGCAAACAGACACACGAAUACAAAUAAUGCACACACACACCCGCCACCUACACACACACAGACACACAUACACGUACAUACACACUCUACUUACAUGUUCUCACACACCUCGGCUUACACAGACACACUCACGUCUCUGACACGGUCUCUCGCUCGCAUUCUCUCACGCACGCGCACAGACUCGCUGUCUUCACUGCCUUCACCAAACACUCGGCUCUCACGCAAAUCCUCAGGGUCAAAGUGAGAGACAUUAUUUGAUGGAGUCGAGACAAGGGCUCGGGAUGAUCGAGAGACCUUUACCUUGAAGAGGCGUCACGGAACCCGAAUCAUCGAGAGACGAUCACUUUGAGUAACCUGGAUUAUUGGAAGACCUUUAUUUUGAAGGAGUUGAGUCAAGGGACAAUCAUCGGUGGAACCUUAUUUUUUGACCGAGGCUUCUGGACGAUCGAGAUACUUUUAUUUGAACGGAAGUCAAGGUACGUGAGACGUGGUUCACAAGGGGGCCUUUGAUCGUCGAGGAACCUGUAUUUUGAAAGCACCAAUGACUCUGGAUAGAACAGGCAUUUUAAUUUGAAAGAACAUCCGAGUGUUUGAAGUUUAUAUCCCGCUCUUUCAAGCUAUCGAGAGCUCCAAUACGACCUCAUCGGGCGGUCUUCCUCUCCGCCCAGCUCUCGCCACAACUUAUCCACCACUCCCGGGGUCUCUCCCUACCAUACCCCCAGGGUCCCAGCUCCACGGUUCCUUCUGUGACCAACUCCAUCCGGCACCUCCCCGAAGGCUCGCUCGCCAUGAAGCAGGAAGACCUGGACCCGCGCACGGGGAUCACCGUGGCCCUGGUCUCCAUCGUGCUCUUCUUCGGCUUCAUGUUCACCGUGUCGGGGCUGCGGGGGGAGAUGCUGGGGCCCGUGCCGCUCUUCGUGCUCGGCCUCGCCAUCUGCCUGCCUGGCCUCGCAAUCAUCGCGGCCGCCCGCAUCACACGGGGGUGGCGCCACUUCCCCAGGAUUCCGUUCCUGCGGCGGGGUCGGCGGAAUCCCGCGGAGACUCGGGGAGAUGGCAUUGCACGGGAUCCCAAGGACCCUGAGUGGGGUCUCAAGGUCGUGGCUGGAGGUCCGGGUCUUGUUCUAAAACGGGGUUCUCGAGACUCCGUUCGGAGUCUAAAAAAUAUUCACCAAGUGGGUCAUAGGGGCACCGCAAGGCAUCAGGGGCAUCCUGAAUGGGGUCCCAAGGGCAUAACUUUAGGCCCAGAAGUUCUAAAAAUGGGGCGCGCGGACCUUAAACGGGGUUCCAGAGACUCCGCUACGGGUCUAAAAAUCCAGCCAGGGCGUCAAGGAGUCCAAGAAGGGGGUUCCAAUGAGACAUUGUUUGGUUCUGUGCAUCUUAAAAGGGGUAAGGGGGAUCUUAAAAGGAAUCGAAAAUACUCUGUUAGGGAUUUAAUAAUCCAUCAAGGGGACGAGGAAGACCCUGAAAGUGUUCUUAAGGAUGCUACUGAUAGUCCAAAAGAUAUUCAAGAGGGUAAAAGUGACACUACCGUGGAUCCAGGGAUCCUUACAAGGGGCCAGGGAGACCUUCAAGGUGAUUCAAAUGUCUCUCAAGGGGGUCCAGCCGGGGUUCAUAUUGAGGACUCUCAAGAAGGUGAAAGAGUUCCUGUUCGGGUUCCCCAGCGGCUGGGCCUGGAGGAGUGGGAGCAGAAGGAGGUUUCAGGGAUCCAAUCGGAUCCCCUUCGGACCCCGGGGGCUAGGGAUGGAAGCAGCAGCAGAGGAGGUGAAGAGGUGAAGUCCCAAGUCCCCACGGAGCCCACUCCACCCGCCACCCCUCCGGGCUCCACCGCCCGUGCCAGGCUAGGUUCCCUGGUUUGCUGGGGCAACGGAGACUCUGACGCUACCCGUGGCGUCCACAUGGAGGACCACCCUGCAUCCACCUCCGCUCGUCCCCUCUCCUCCCCCGCCUCAUCGGCGCACCUGAGUGCCGGCUGCUUGGGCUGGGACCCCAACGGUUCGACUCCUUACCUGCACCUCCACACUCCUCCCCCGCGGCGUCUGCCGCCUCUACUCGGCGGGCACUGCGCCUGCGUGGACCAGCGGUUGUCCACCCUGUCCACCGGCUCGCAAGCCAUGGGCCGCGUGUGUCCCAGGACGUCCACCUACGCGGGGAUUGGCUGCCUCAUGCUCGCCCCGGCAGAGACGGGGGCCCGGUUGUCCACCUGUUCCACGUUGCCUCUUCUCGGCGGGCCCUUGCUAGGGGGCUCCCGGCGUGAGUCGGCCUGGCGCGCGUCCGAGGGGUGGCUUCCACCGCCAGGCCCUCCGGCACCUCCGACUCAAUUGUCGACACCUCGAGCUGCUUCUCCACCUCCUCAUCGUCAUUCGUCAGAAUUUCUGCCCCCUCAAUCAUCUGCGCUUCUUAGAUCGUCUACGACUAUACCUACUCAACCACCAGCAGCGACACAUCCUUCACCUACUCCAUUAUCCACGUCUACACCACCACAAUCAUCACAUACAUCUCCUCCACAUCUUAAAGCAUCUGCAUUUCCAUCUCCUCUAUUGUCCACUUCUACACCACCGCAAUCAUCAUCAUCUCCUCCUCUUCAUCAAUCGUCGUCCCCUCCUCCUUCUCCUCCUUGCCUCCCCAUGCCGACGUGCUUGCUGCUGGAGGGGAAACCCAUUGGGAGGCGUCGAGAGGGUGGGGGUGGUCGUCGGGGCCCCCCUCCCGGUGUGACCUUGUGCUGGAAGCUGGAGCCAUCGGGCCCCCACAUGGCCCACGUGUCCCCCUGCCUCCUCGUGGAGCCGGGGCCCGAGCGGAGAGGCUCCACGGGGCUCCUCCUGCACCACUCUCCACACGCCACCCAGCACUGCCCCCUCCAUGCAGAGGCAAGCGCAGAGGAAGGGGCAGGCCCGAGAGAGGUAGGGGAUAGACGGGCAGGGACCGAAGGGUCAGGGCUAGAGGGUGUAACGCUACGGCUAGGGACGGCGGAAGGCCCGAGCUGGGUGUUAGAUGGUGAAACAGUGGUGUAGUGUUGGCAGGGUCAAGGGCAGUGUUAAAGUUAAGGCUUGAGGUAAGGAUUUGGGAUUACUGGUGGGGUUAUGGCUCAUGAUAGAGUUCAGGUGCUAGGGUUGGGGGUCAGUUGUGUAACAAUCAAUGUGUGCAGGCCGUACAUCUGCAUUGGGGUCUAUGGGUGAGAUGAGCCUCGGUGUAAAUUGGACAAGGGCCCCCCCAUUUUAUUCCUUGCACCAGGGCCAAUGUCAAUCAUGGUAACUGGUUGGGGUUGGGGUUCGGGCUUGGGUUAUGGCGAUGACAUUAGGGGCAAGGUUCGUGAUAGAGUGUUUGGGUUAGCGUGUGGGUUUUAUGUAGGGUUAUGAUGAGGGUUAGUGGUUUAGGGGUUCUGUGAUGAGAUAUAUUGGUUAUCACUGCUAUUAAAUAUCAUUGCUCUAGUAUUACUGUCCUUUGUAUGAGGAGCAGAUACACCACUGGUUAGCGUGCUGCACUAUAAACCGGUGACCAGAGUCCGAUUAUUGACCAUUGCUAACAUCAGUGGCGAGUGAUAUCUGAACGAGUCCUGGGACUUCACCUACUUGAACUAACCAGUGUGGUGAAGUAUGGCCAAACAACCCCCAAGACCCAGAUUGCGUGGGGAGGCCUUAAUCCAUCAGUGCAUUGACGAAGGGCUGCAACUUCUCCUACCGUCCCUUAUUUUAACAAGUGAGAUGCCAUUGAGAUGAAUUUUCUGUAUCUCAAACGCAACUUACCUGGUCUGGGUCUUGCCCAGGUCGACUUGGCCCAAAAACUUGCAGUUACUAGUGUUGUGGCAGUGGUGGUGGUUGAAGUGGUCAUGGUGGGAAGAUAUCCAUUACCUUGCCUGGUAUGCAGGUCGUGGGUUCGAUCCCGAUCUUGACGCCUGCUGUAUAUUUGGAGUUUGCAUGUUCUCCCCGUGGUCGUGUGGAUGUUUCUCCAAGUCCUCUGGUUUUACCCUCCACAUUUAGAAUCAACAUGCGUUAAGAGGAGUGGUGCUUAACCUGUGGUGUACGCACCCCUUGGGGGUGCGAGAUGCCCUUUCUGGGGGUGCGAUACAUGCCAGAUUUUUUUCAAAGGCAAAUCAUCGAAACACAAAUUAAGCACGGGCACGUGAGUACUAUUUUGUUAAAUCAAACCUAUGUAUUUAUUUACAUUCUAAUUUUUUAUACGAUGGAGAACCAAAGCGGUGCAAGGCUGCAGUAAAGGUUAAGAACCACUGCUUUAGAGUAUUUGGCUGCUAUAAAUGCCCACGUGAUAAGCCACUUCGUUGAGCGAUCAUUUGUGGCCAGGUCGCUUCUGAAAAAGAGCUAUAUAGCUCAGUCGGCCUUACCUGGUAAAAUAAAAAGUGAUAGUAGUUUAAUAAACUCUCCCCUGGCAAGACAACAGCAGCUGGUAGUUCCAACUGCACCACUAUCUUCACCAUACACACAAAUGCGUGCUCACAACAGCCAUAACAGUUGCUCACAAACAGUUGAAUUGGUGAGUCUAUAAAGGGUAUACAUAUACCAUGCUCAUGCAUGUACAGUGUGUGCUUUUAUCACAUGUAUACAGUAAUAUAUAAUGUACAAAAUAAUGUGUGCUGAUUAAUGUGAUGCAAUUAACUGGGCCUUCUAAUUAAAAUGAGUUCAUUGUCCUUGUCACACGCUGUUCCGUGAUGAUUUUAAUGAGCUGUCAGCAGCAGCGGUGUUGGGCUAUUCCUAUGAACCCUCACCUCGAAUUGCAAUUCAAUGCUCGGAAUCAAAUAUGAUUCCUAACAGGAUUGUGAGAUCUUUGGAAUCGCGGAAUCGCCAGGGUGU